UGUCGAUGUUGAAGUAAUAGAUAGUCCAAUUAAACGAUUGAAACAUACUUUCAUUCCAGAUCAUCUCCGAUCCUAAAACCGUCUCACCUCCGUCGACCUCCAGUCCACUGCAACCGUCCCACCUCCGUCGACCUCCAGUCCGCUCGCAACAACCACCACCUCCAGCUUCUACGCUUUAAUCGCAGCCUAAAUCGCAUGUUUCAGGGAAAGGAUAUAUCAAUUUCGGCAACGCUUAUUAAUGUUGGGUUACUUCUGACACUAUAGUUUAUACUAGUUGCUGUAUUAGAGUUCGGCUAAGCUGUGCUGUGAGCAACUUUUAUGCGUUUGUGAUGCCUAAACGGAAGGCAAAGAAGGUUACUAAACCGUCUAAGUUGAAUGACUCACAGUGUAAUGUUGAUACACGUGUGUUGCCAGAAGAAAACGUGUUCAUUGACCAAGAAGUUAAGCGCCAGUGUGAUGCAAUCCGGACGAUUCGUGAUGUAGAGAUCGAAAGAUUACUUACUGCUAAACGUUUGCUGAGUUCUAGUAUUAGCGAGGAACAGCUACAGACCCCAUUACUUAAAUUCUUUGAGGAAAAUCUUCCGAACCUAAUGGUUUCAAGACCUGAGCAAAACGGACCGAUUGAAGUUAAACGGAAAAAUCAAGAUGGCGACAUAUCUAUGAACACAGCCGAUGGAGGAAACAUGAUCUCUUAUUUUCUACAACAUAUGUCCCGCGCUGCUCCUGAAUUCUCUACCGCAAUUCCAUCUUUUGGUGGCUUUGACUUUUCAAGUCAAACUGGAAGAACGAGCUUCAUUGGUGCUGAUAAUCUUCAGAUGAAGGAUUCCGUUCUAGAGGAGCCAUCUGACACUCAUAUUCUUGGCAUUGAAGAUUAUAUGCAAACUCCGGGGGUAAGUAGCGGGAGGUUGUCGGUUGGUAUGACGCCGAAAACUUUACGGCUUCCAAAACAGGGUGAGAUGCUUCUGUCUGUCCAUGGUUCGCCGCUUGGUGUUUACAAGGAAAACAACAUGGAUGCAAUACACGAGACAGAGGAAGAAUGAGCUGUUGGCUGCAGGUUAUUUCUUUUUAAAGCCUCGAAAGGUUUAUUUAGGGUCGCUUCUAAAGAUACUGCUAUAAUAAUAUUCAUCGUAUUAAAAAUGUAUGUUGCGUGUUGUUUUGUUAUGCUUAAGCUUUUCGCUUCAGUUUAUCAUGCUAUUUGCUUGCUUUUCA